AUGUGGCGGCGCUUUUACUUCCUCUUGAUUCUGGUCCGCAUCUACUUUGCGCUCUCCCCCAGCUACCUCCACCCGGAUGAGAACUUCCAGGGGCCAGAGGUCAUUGCAGGCCGUGUCUUCUCCUACCCCGUCCACGAAACUUGGGAAUUCACUUCCGAGAAUCCCAUCCGUAGCACGUUCCCGCUAUGGCUCGCAUACGGUUGGCCCAUGUACCUCCUGCGCUGGCUCUGGGAGGGGUUCGGACACGAUGAGGUUUCGCCCUCGGUGGUGUAUUGGACACUGCGCGUGCUGAUGCUCACUCUGAGCGUCGUCUUGGAGGAUUGGGCAAUCCAGGAGUUGCUGCCGUCACCGCGCGCCCGACGCAUUGCCGUGCCGCUGAUCGCAUCCUCCUACGUGACCUGGACCUUCCAGACGCAUACCUUUUCCAACAGCCUCGAGACGCUGUUGGUGUGUUGGAGUCUGGUCCUAAUACGACGCAUUGUCGAAGACAAGAAGCGUACCAGCAUCCUAGCAUCAUCCGUGCUGGGCUUUUUAGUCGUCGUGGGCGUCUUCAAUAGGAUCACAUUUCCAGCCUUUUUGCUUGUCCCUUCGAUCAUAUUGCUGCCUCACUUCCAGCGCAAACCAUUCUCUCUGUUCUUCAUCGCCAUCGCCGCUCUCCUCACCACCUUCAUCGCCAUCAGCAUAGACACGGCGUUUUAUACCCCAGGGGACUUUGCCUUCUCGAAUGUGUUCAAGCAUCCUGUCGUUACACCUUUGAACAAUUUCCUCUAUAAUUCGGAUUCCGCCAACCUCGCGCAACAUGGCCUCCAUCCCCGCUAUCAACAUGUCGUCGCCAACCUCCCCCAACUCCUUGGACCGGCGUUCCUACUACUAUUCUCUCUCCGUCGCUCCGACCUAAGUACAGCCCUUGUCUCUGCUCUAUCUGGCGUCGCUCUACUCAGCAUAUUCCCACAUCAAGAGGCCCGCUUCCUCCUUCCCGCCGUGCCACUCAUCCUGGCCUCGAUCAAACUACCCCGCCGACCAUUUCCUCGACGACUCUGGAUGUUUACAUGGGUUCUAUUCAAUCUUGCUCUGGGUGUAUUGAUGGGCAUCUAUCACCAGGGCGGAAUCGUCCCGGUCCAGAUGCACAUCGCCAAGACGAACGAGACAGUCUCCCAUGCGUUCUGGUGGAAGACAUACAGUCCGCCGAUCUGGCUGCUGAACGGAAAGAACGAAGAACUAACCACAGUCGAUCUGAUGGGCAUGCCGGCAGAGACGAUGUUAGAUCAGUUGACCGCCGUGCUUCCAACAUGCGACACCAACACCACAAACCUAGCUUCCAUCUACCUCAUCGCUCCACGCUCAGCAUACGCCCUCAAACCCUACGCAGCCGCACACAGCAGCGAGGCCAUCCACCUCGAAGAAACAUGGAGCUACCGCCGGCACCUCAACCUUGACGACAUGGACUUCGGCGACGACGGCGUGUGGCCGACGCUCAGCCGCGUGGUCGGCGAUCGCGGUCUCGUGAUCUGGCGAGUGACGAGGAACUGCUUGGCCGUGCCAGAUGACCAACUCCCGAUAUCGGCGGACGACGACUCGUCAACGCCAUAA